AUGCCGCUUCACUCGCCCUCGGACUCGUGCCUGACGGCGCCAGUGUAUUUCGGGGUGGGCCUCUCGCACUCGGCUGUACGUACACCGGCGUCGCUGCGCUCGCAUCUGCAGACGGUUCGCAGCAACUUACAGUGCGACUUUGUGGUCAUUCCGACGGCAGCUGCGUCCUCGGAUUUGUCCCUGGCGGACGCAUUGCGCGCGCAGCGAACUUCCUCUUCUUCCUCGGCCUUUGCGCCGCUUUCGUCUCCCCCAUCUGCAGCUGCGCGCGCGCCGGUCCGCGCCUCGAUUCCGCUGGAUCAUCUGCCGGUUUUCGCGGUCGACCCAGCGAAGAAGGCGGAUGCGGGCGGUCGCCAGCCCUCCGCACUUGCCUCCUUCGCGACCUGCUCCUUCCGCGGCGUGGACGGCGGCCUCACCGAGCUCCCCGAGAGCUACGCCUUCACGCCAAGCACCGGCUCGGACUUGGCGCUGGACUCCCACACGUGGUCCUCCUCCGUGGUCUGCGAACUCUCCCCGUGGAUCGCACCGGAUCGGCACCUCUGCGCGUCUGCCCUCUCGCUCGUCUCUUCUUCCUCGUCUUCCUCGGCGACGAGCGCCCCCACGCCAGGCCCGUCCGGGGCGGCGGAGAGGGAGGACGCCUCUGCCGCGGCGCCCGCCGCCGCUGCGGACGACGCGCUCUGCGUCGCGUUUGACGUCGCGGCCGAGUCCGAGGGCGCCGCCGCGGCGCUCAAGGCCCCGCGGCCUCCUCGGCAGUUUGCGCAUUGGUCGUUCCACGCGGCGGCAUGGAAGCGGGAGAUGCAGUGGGCGGCGCACGUGGGGGCGUACGCCAUCAUCGCGCCGGUGCCGCACGCGGGCGACGUGCCGAUUGAGUACGCGCGACAGCUGCGCGCGGUUCUCAGCCAGCUGCAGCCGCCGUCCGUCUGGCUGCGUCUGCCGCUCGUCUAUCCGCGGGAGACGCGCGGCGCCGCGGCGGCCUCCGCCCCCCCGCCUGCGACCCCUGGCAGCAACCUCCCCAGCGAGGAGGACCUCGCGCGCUGGCUCGCGGAGCCCAUCCGCGCCGUCCUCGUCUCCCCCGCGAUCUUCACCUGCGCGGCGGACCCCGCGAGUCCCGCCGCGUCGCCCGCGGAGGCAGAGGGCGGCAAGCGGGGGGCCAAGAGUGGGGGACGGGGCUUGAGCGUCGCGCUCAGUCCGCGGCACUUUUCGUUUCUCGCCCGCUGCGCGGAGCACCGCGUGAAGAUCAUUCUGCGGCAGGACGACGAGGAGGAGGCGCCGGGCGAGGGCGCUUCCGCCGCCUCCGUCGCGGCGGCCGCGGCGCCCGCGCUCGACCCCACGGACGACGCAGCCUUCCCAGCGCUGCGGGCCGCGGCGUCGCCUGCGCGCAGAGAGGCGAAAUCCGCGGCGCUCCAGGCGCAGGCGCCGUCGCCGCUGAUGGACAUGCAGCCGUACCUCUCCUACAUCGUGGCGCGGUUUCUGCAGCUGCCCUCGCUGCCGCCGGCCGCCCUGUUCGCCGCGCCCUACCGCGACGUGCUGCAGUCGCCGAUGCAGCCGCUGGCGGACAACCUGAGCACGAUGAACUACGAAGUCUUCGAGCGUGACCCCGUCAAGUACGUCCGCUACCGCCAGGCGACCCUCCGGCGACUACGCGAGAUCUGGGGCCCUGCGGCGGGCGCGGUGGGCGCCGAGAAGGGUUCGGCGGCGAGCCCGGAGAAGCCCGCAGGGAAGGCAAAGGGCGGGAAGAAGAAAAAGAAAGCGUCGUCGCAUCGGCGCGACGUCGAGACCGACAGCGACUUUGGGGGCGACUCGUGGGACGAGGAGGAGGAGGCCGAGGAGGGCGAGAGGCGGGGCGCGCCGACGUCGCCCUCGGCCGCGACCUACAAGUGGUGUCUGGGCGGACUGCAGUGCCGCGAGCACAGCCACAUCCCGGAGGUCUUCCCCGGCGGGCGACAGGGUCGACUGGUGAUCAUGGUAGUGGGCGCGGGACGCGGGCCGCUGGUGCAGGCGGCGCUCGACGCGCUGCGGGAGGCGGAGGUUCCGCUGUGCCGCGUGCAUCUCUACGCGGUCGAGAAGAACUGCAACGCAGUGAUCACGCUGCGCUCGCGGCAGCAGCACGACCGCUGCGAAGGCUGGCGCGCGGUCCGCGUGGUGGAGUCCGACAUGCGCGAGGUGGGCCGCGAAGUCACGGAGAAGGCAGAUAUUUUGAUCUCCGAGCUCCUCGGCAGCUUCGGGGACAACGAGCUCUCGGUCGAGUGCCUGCACGGGGCGCAGCGCAAGCUGCUCAAGCGCGGCGGGGUCUCCAUUCCGACCGCGUACGUCUCCAGUCUCGAGCCCGUCAGCUCGCCGCGCCUCUGGACCGCCAUCGACAGCUACGGCGACGCCAAGCACUUUGAGUCGCCGUACGUGGUGGACCUCUUCGCCGUCUACCGCCCGGGCCGCGAGGGCCCCCUCGAGUGCUUCCACUUCCGACACCCCGAGCCCCUCCUGCCCUUCGCCGGCGAGAAGGAGACAGACCCGCCCGGCGACGCCACUGCAGCCGCCGGCGCGACCGCGGGGACAGCCGCCGGCCCCGCCACGCAGGGCGCGGGGGCGCGGCGCGCGUGGCCGGCGGCCGCGCAGUUGACGGCGUGGCGGCACCGGCGGACGCGCCUGGCGUGGGAGAUGAAGGCGGACGCGGUGGUGCACGGGUUGGCGGGCUACUUUCACUGCUGUCUGUACGCGGACGUGCACAUCUCGAUCGACCCGCGCUCCUUCUCCGAGGGCAUGUUCAGCUGGUUCCCUCUCUUUCUUCCCUUCCGCGUGCCCGUCUACGUCCGGCGAGGCGAGGCGCUGGAGGUCUACGUCGCCCGCGAAGGCGAUGAGCAUCGCGUCUGGUACGAGUGGGCCGUCAUCCAGCCCACGCCCAGCGACAUCUACAACCACCUCGGCACGCACUCCUUCAUCGGCAAGUGA